CUCUUGGCCCCAACAAGCCAAGCAGUAGUACCUUAGCGUAGCUCCGAGGUAGUGCUUGUCGCGACGCGACGAUGCCUUGGGUGUACACUUUCGAGGCGCUAACUCACGUCAAGAUUCUUCGUCUCUAUGUAUUUCCGCGCGCGUCGCGUGCCCAUCAGGAGAAGCAAGCGGACGAUGCGGAGUGGCAGAGAUUAAUCUCGUCCGGCGUGACGGCACGGCUGGAUCUGGAACGACCUGUAGAAUCCAAAGGUCGUGUUGACUUCAAAGAUCGCGUUGACUCCAAAGAUCCCGUUGACUCAGAAGAUCUGUUAGGCGCGGAAUACCGCUUAGAUUCGCGACUCGCCGGCUCGAAACGCCUCUCUGCCUCUCGGAUCAUCAUCUCUUUGGGACCCCCUGCUCCUGAGUCACCUGACGAACAGGCUCGGCUUACCGAACCGGCUGCACUCGGCCAGCAGGUUCGGCAGGAUGGUUCGGCAGGUGUUGUUUCUGUUGAUGAACCCGAAAGGGUUGGAAGGCCGAUGCUGUCGAUCGAGAUUCCUUUUGCUCUGCCAUCCACUCCGAGUGGAGAUCCCAAGCACCUCGAAACCACCACAAAUGAUGACUCUAGCGAGUGUGGCAGAAACGAGGGGGCGAAGCAGAAGUUUGUUACUAUGCCUGUGAGCGUGCGGACAGGGCACCUCGAAAUUACCGUUCCGCUUGCCCAGCUGCUCGGAUCGGAUUCAGAUGGAUUCUGGGAGACGCUGGGGAGAUCGGAGGGAGGUCGGGAGGGGGCGGCGAUCAAUGGCGGUGGAUCGGUGGAAGGGAACCGGAAGCAGGAGUUGAGGAAGGAGGAGGAGAUGACUGAAUCCUGCGCUGGUCACGUGCCCUCUCUCCUCUCCUGCCUCUCUGCCAUGGCCCCCGUUCACCUGCACUGCCGCCAUUGCCGCCACCAACUGACCGCCAACCCACUUAGGUCUUUCGCUCCCAUGCCAUCUUCUGACGCUGACGAGAUGGCAGAGCAGUGGUUCUGCGGUGCAGAAUGCUGCGAAGCCACUGCUGCCCACGCGCUGCACGUUGUCAACAGCCUGCACCAGCGCUCCACACUCACCCCCUCCUCCUGCCUCCUCUCUCAUACCUCCUUCGCUCUCCUCUCCUCACACCCCAAGUCAAUGCAGUCAACACAAAAUGCCUCCCUCGCCCUCCUCUCCGCACUCCCCAAGUCAAUUGAGUCAACUGCAAACACCACCAUUGCUCCUCCCUUCAGGAAGCCUGGAAAUCUUGAUUUCAGUCAAAAGGCUUCUCUCCAAAACCCGGCGACUAAGUCGCAUGAUACGAGUGCUGCUGCUGGCAUAGCCUCUCACAUGCAAAGCCUCUCUCUCAGGAACAACGACUCGGCCUUUUCCAACAGCCUUCAGAGCACCAACGGCAGCAGCAGCGGCUGUAACUCCAGUAGUGCCCAACUACCUCUGUGCCCACCGAGUAUGGGUGAGGCCAAUCGACAAGGCAGUGAUGAAGUGGGUCCACCGAGUCAAUGCAGUCAACAGGGAAGAAAUGCAGGGGGGAUGCAGGCGGAGGAGUGUCAGCAGCUUGCUGAAGCGUGGCGAGUAUCACCUGAGGUGCGGCAGCCAGCAGAGGAGCAUCAGCAGGCAGAGGAGCACCUGCUGGUGUCUAACCUGGUACCAGAAGGAGGUCCGUGGGAGGAGGUCUCAUGUGGGGGGUGUGGCAGGGCGGUUGGGGCGAGAGGGAGGGCCAGGAGCAGCACUGAGAGAACAGACUCGUGGAGAAGUGGGAAGGUGGGGAGAAGUGCAGGGGUGGAGGGAGGAGGGGCGAGCGAAUCAUUGGGAGAAGGGAGAGAGGGAGUGGAAGGGAGGGUGGAGCACCUUUUCUUGCACAUGGUGGAUCCAAGGCCUGUUCACAUGGUUAGUCCCAUGGAUGUAACGUGCGCGUCAUCUGGACGCAUGAUGACGCCACCAGCGGACGCCCUGACGUCAUCAGUCGACGACGGUGACGGGAGGGUUGUGGCAGCAGUCAGUGCGGCUUCAGCGGCAGAGGCAGAGGGGAUAAGGGAAGGAGAAGCCGCAGAAGCCGCGCCAGAGGCAGACGGUGCGCCAGCAGAAUUGACAGACGAACUGCUUGGCAAGGUCACAUGCGUCGACUUAAAAUGGCCAUUUCCUACGCUUGCGACCUGCUUCUCCUCCCUGCUCUCUGUCCAUCUCUCCACCCCAUCCGCCCCAAGCCGUUUGGUCCUCCGCUCCGUCGCCUCCCACCAGCCCCUCCUGCUGCUCGUGCUGCUCAGCGCCCACACCGCCAUGGGGUGGGGCGAGUGUGGGGAGGCGGGGAAGGGGGAGGAGAGGGAAGAGGGGGACGGAGGUGUGUUGGAGUAUGGGGGAAGCAAGGAGGGGGAGGAGGGGGAGGAGGGAGAAUCCAAGCCUGUAUCCACUGAGGCUGGAAAGACUUAUGAAAAGAGGACGGACAACAGCGAUGGAAAGAGGAGAAGCAUCGGCACAGUCACUGCGGCUCAAGUGCAGAUACCACACAAUCAAGUUGGCUCGUUGACACAAACCAGGAGGGGCUGUAGCGGUGGUGGCUUGAGGCGAGUUGUGAAGCUCAUGUGGAAGGCUGUUGCCGCUAAUAGUGACUCCAGACGGGAGGCAGACACUUGGGCUGCCAAGGGUCAUGCGGAGGACGUGUAUGCGAUGCCUGUCACGGCAACGGAGCUGCAGACCUGCUUGCGCGAUAAUUCUUUGCUCCUGCCACCCACGUGCCGGGAAUUCAACAGCUUCAUCAUCUCGUUUUUGGAGGUUUAGCCAGGAAGGAGUGGAAUAUGGCACAUGAAUCAUGAUGCUUGCACAGUUAGUCUUUUAGGUUUUACCUUCAAUCUAUGCAAUCCAGUCAGAUGCAUGUGGAAGACCUUGUUUCUAUGCUUGUAACAGGUUGAAGUGUAUCGAAUGUAGAAUGUGCA